CUUUCUUUUGUCUGUCGCGCAUCUAAUUUAUUUUCUCCGAUACUUACUUAUCCAAGAAAUAUAUAGAGAAUAUUCUCAUUUUAGGAAGCUCAAAACCAACAUUGAUAGACCUACCCCACCAACAUCAUACAUACAUACAUACAUACAGGACCCAACCAACCCCACCCACCAAGCCAAGCGUAUCACAUCGCACCCAAAAUGGCCCUCCCAGUCAGCGAAUUCAUCCAUUUCCAACUCAAAUCCUCAGUAAAACCCGAAGACUCCUCCAACGAAGAAGGCCAAGCCCUCCUCCAGCUCUUCCAAACAACCAAGCACCAAAGCGGCUACAAAAGCUCCGCAUGGGGCAGAACAGUAGAAGACCAGAAUGUCAUAGUCUGGGUCGUUAACUGGGCGGACGCCCACGUAGGAAUCCAACCCCAAAUCCUCGCCCCAUACAUCGAGCCUGACACGCACGUGAGCGUAAUCUUCACGACCCUUACACCAUCAAUCACCGAAUCCGACUCCCUAACCGCCAACCCCGUCACGGAGCUGGUGGCACUCUCGUUCCCCAGUUCGCUGACGCCUGAGGAGCAAACGAAGCUCGGUGCUGAUCUGAUUAAGUUCAGGACUGCGCUGACGGAGAUGUUGCCGGAGGAUCAGCGGCCGAAAUCGUGGGCUAUGGCGCAGGUGGAAAGGCCUGGGACGCUGGAGCAUGACAAGAGUCCGUCUGGGCUGGUGUUUUUACUUUUUUUGGCUGUGGGGUGGGAGUCGGUCGAGGCGCAUGAGGCUGCGAGGGAGACGGGAGAGUUUAAGAGGACGAUUACGCCGAUUAGGGAGAAGGCGAUUCCUUCGGUGCCGCCUCUUAGGAUGAAGCAUGUUUCUUUUAGGAAGAUUUGAGAGUGGGGUUUGUUGGGUACAGGUGGUGUGGUGGUGUGAGUUGAGUGAUUUAAAAUUGGUGAUAAUGUAUACAACGAAUGUUGAUGGACAGCGCUUUUCCAUAAAUUACAACUUGGAAGGCAUAUACCCGAAACGAAUCAUUAAAGCCACCAUGGGAAGACGACUUUUUGAGGACCUC